UCACUUUCGCUGUUAUAAUGGUGAGCUUAGCCUGCGGGAAGCUGGUUGUGAGCUGAGGCUACCAGCGCCGGAAGGCGCGCUGGCGACGCGCACUGUUCUCGCCGCUCAGAGGUGGGUCUGAGGCUCGGUGGCGGCGCCUGGAGUGGCCCAGGUGCUCUCCUCCGUCGUUGUCUCCCCUGCCCGGCUCAACCCACAGGCUCUGAUGGCGGCGGCCGCGAUGAGGGAGCCCGCUCAGGGCUAUGUGACCUUUGAGGACGUGGCUGUCUACUUCUCCCAGGAGGAAUGGAGAUUGCUUGAUGAGGCUCAGAGGCUCCUCUACCGCAAUGUGAUGCUGGAGAACUUUUCACUUAUGGCCUCUCUGGGACUUGCAUCUUCCAAGACCCAUGAAAUAACCCAGCUGGAGUCAUGGGAAGAGCCCUUCAUGCCUGCUUGGGAAGUUGUGACUUCAGCCAUACCAGGAGGCUGUUGGCAUGGAGUGGAGGCCAAGAAGGCCCCUAAGCAGAGUGCUUCUGUAGGAGUGCUCACUUCAAAUGUUCAGCAACACCAGAAGCAGCACUGUGGAGAGAAACCCGUAAAAAGAGAAGAGGGCAGGAUCCCAGUUUUGAGAAGUUGCAGAAUCCACCUGUCAGAGAAGUCCUUGCAAAGCAGGGAGGUUGGGAAGGACCUUCCAACCAGCUCAGGUCUUCUUAAGCACCAGAUGGCUCACAGGGGAGAGGAGUCACAUAGGACUACCAAAAGUAGGGAGGCCUUUCAUGCUGGAAAAAGGCAUUACAAAUGCGGUGAAUGUGGGAAAGCCUUUGGUCAGAAAUAUUUACUUGUUCAGCACCAGAGACUACACACUGGGGAAAAGCCUUAUGAAUGCAGUGAAUGUGGGAAGUUAUUUAGCCAUAAGUCCAACCUUUUUAUACACCAAAUAGUUCACACUGGAGAAAGGCCUUAUGGGUGUAGUGACUGUGGGAAAUCCUUUAGCCGUAAUGCUGACCUCAUUCAACACCAGAGAGUUCACACCGGAGAAAAGCCUUUUACAUGCAGUGAAUGUGGAAAAGCUUUCAGGCAUAACUCCACACUUGUUCAGCAUCACAGAAUCCACACUGGAGUAAGGCCGUAUGAGUGCCGCGAAUGUGGGAAACUGUUUAGUUUCAACUCCAGCCUCAUGAAACAUCAAAGAGUUCACACUGGAGAAAGACCUUAUAAGUGCAGUGAAUGUGGAAAAUUCUAUAGCCACAAAUCCAGCCUUAUCAAUCAUUGGCGUGUUCACACGGGAGAAAGGCCCUAUGAGUGCAGCGAAUGUGGGAAAUUUUUUAGCCAGAGCUCAAGCCUCAUGCAGCAUCGAAAAGUUCACACUGGAGAAAAGCCUUUUAAGUGCAAUGAAUGCGGGAGAUUCUUUAGUGAGAAUUCCAGCCUUGUUAAACAUCAGAGGAUUCACACUGGAGCAAGGCCUUAUGAGUGCAGGGAAUGUGGGAAAUUUUUUCGCCACAGCUCCAGUCUUGUUAAACAUCGAAGGAUUCACACCGGAGAAAUGCAGUGAUUAUGGGAAGGAAGUCCUUCAGCCAGCAUUUCAGCCUCAUUCAACACCAGAAAGUUCACCUUGGAAAAAUGUCUUGAAGGUAACAAAUGGAUCCAUUAGGCACAUCUCCAAUCUCAUUCAACAUUGGACAGUUCACAGAGUGGGCGGUUUAAUAAAUGUGGAAAAAGGCUUUGGCUAAAGUCCUAACUCUAUUCACCACCAGAAAGUUUAGACUGGAGAAGGCCUUAGGGUGGCAGGUUAUCUACUGUCUCUGAAUCAAUAUGACCUGAUUUAAAACAAACUUUGAGAAUGGCCUUUAUGAGGGAGCUGGCAAUUGAACAUCAUGCAUCUAAAUAUGCAUCCUGGAGGCAGGAUGAGAAUUCGUGACCGAUUGCCCCUCCUGAGAAGACAGCCUUUGCCUGGGAGUUCCAGGGAGAGGGGGCCCUGUAUUCCUGGCUGCACCCAGUCUGGACUGGAGUUUUCAUCUCGCUGAGUUUGGAGGUGGGGGAGGAAAGGGGUGGUCUUGGUUCGGAUGGGACUGACUUUUGCUGUUCUUAUGAAUGUUAGAUCUUUAGUAUUUACUUGCCGUAUACCCUUGUGACCAUUUCCAGAGACUGAAUGGUGUUUUUAUAACUCUCACCAGUUUGGCUCACCAAAUUGUGUUGUAAAUGGUUAGCAUUUCACAUUUCCUCCUGGAACACAUUAGAUUUUCCGUUUCUUCACAUCACUGACAGUUUUUAUGUAUGGAAGUCACAGGCCAUUCACCUUGGCCAUGUUAGUAAAUAUGCAAUAGUAUUCAUUGGAGUUCUUACUUUGUGUUUUCCGAGGACUGUUUUGAGCAUUUUUAAAUGUGCUUAUUUGUCACCCUUGUAUCUUCUUUAGUGAAAUACCUAUUGGUAUUUUUUGCCUGUUUUAAAAAAUAUUUGGUUGGUUACAAGUUCUUAAUAUUUCUGGAGACAAAUUCCUUACUUGAUAUAAGCGUUGCCAAUAUUUUCUCAUGGUCUGUGGCUUUUGUUUUCAUUUUUAAAAUUUAGAGAUGAGGUCUUGCUAUGUCGCACAGACUAGUCUCUAGCUCCUGGUCUCAAGCUCCUGCCUCUGUCUCCUAAAGUGCUGGUGUUACAGGCAUGAGUCACCAUGCUUGGCCUUGUUUUCAGUUCUUAAUAGUAACUUUCCAAGAGUAAAUUGUCUUAAUUUUUAUGAAGUCUGGUUUUUCCGUCCGUUAUUUUAUUCAUUGUGCAUUUGGUGUUGUAUUCUCUACCAUAUCUUUGUCUAUAAAUAAAAGCCUUAUGUGAGUAUG